CAUAAAUAAGCCAAAGCCUUUCACUCCUUCUCAUCACUGGUUAAGAUGAUCCUGGACAUGGAGAAAGCACCUCCACCUCCACCAUAUCUUAGGGAUGCAGAACUUGAUGCUCGCCUGCAAAGGACGGCAAAAUAUCCGCCUACAUUAGUGGGGGUACCCCCACACUUACUUCUUCAGAUCGUCUACUGGACGUGUCCUGACUUUACUUCUUCUGAAGAGAGAAGGGCUUCGUUUUAUUGGAUGUGUUAUAGCUUGCGUUAUACGUGUCGAGACCUCUGGAUAGCAUGUAUGCACAUACUGAGAUCCUCGUAUCUUCCCCUGUACGCUCGAAGAGUGAAUCGGCCGUUUACGACGGACCCCUUCCCUUCGUCUUCUGCAAUCGGACAUCCACUAUCCUCCUCGCCCAUAUUAUCAACUCAAAGGGAAACCACAAUAUUAGACAUGUUCAUUCUCCUCAAAACGCGCGAAGAUGUCCGUACGGAUGAAUCUUCGCUCUAUCUAGAUAAUGCCGAUGACCAGUAUCGUGACUUAUUCAACCUUAUGCAGCCGAGGGCUCGCGUCGAAGAUCUUACAUGCAAGUAUGGUUUGAGAGCAGGACUUAUUGCCCCAACACCCACGUUUUUCCCUGCACCUGUCAUUCCACCGUCGCCCCUUCAUACACAUUCCAAUUCGUCCCAAGUUUCCCUAUCCUCCUCUGGAAGGAUUCUCGUCCCGUUCUCUGAUCUAAGCAUAUCGUGGGGUCAUCGGAGGGUCGGUUUGCAGUUAAGGGAUACUUCGCGAGAGCCCAAUUCGCUAAGUAAGCGAACUGUCCUUGAGGUCGAAAGGGUGAAGGGUGAGACGCUGGAGUCUUUGGUGCAGAGAUUAGUUAAAGUAUGGUUGGCACUUGCUAGGGCUGAAAGACGUCGAUAAAAUUCUGGGUUCAAUUCGAAGGGAUCGGUGCUCUGGAUAUGCCGUAUUCUGUUGUCAUUAGCGACCAGGGCGACCCAUUGCUUAUUAAUAGUCCACUUAAUUAUGUUGAACAAAGAGCGUGGGGAGCAAGGGGUGAUUAGCCGUCCGAAGCCGCUUGAUAUCCCUAAAAGACCAAAAGGGAAUAGAAGUCGAUAUAGGCCAGAGCAACCGAAAUCCACCAACUUAAGUCCACUCCCAACACCCUCGCCACUCCGUGAUCUAGCUCAAUUAUUCCACUU